AUGGAGAUCCAUCCAGAUUUCAACAUACCAUGGUGCAAAGCCCUUCUUGAGUCGAACAUAACAGACAUUGAAAUUCCCACCCGACGUCGACUUGAUCCGGAUGAGAAAAUCUCCAACAGCAUGUUCCAGCAAACCCUCUACACUCCAUUCGCCAUCCGUGCCCAGGUCAACUUCAGGCGACCGGCACUCGAAUCCGACUCCAUUAUGCCCUGGGAAAUCUGCAACUUACUUUCCCUGGGCUCCGGGAUCGACGGCAAGUCAGGGCGAGCACACGGAGGAUUUAACGCUCUAGCAUUGGACCAGAUAACAGGCAUGACAGCCUCCGUGAUAUCAGGUACUUUGGCGCCGGCGACGGCGACCAUGACGGUGGACUAUAAGGCGGCGAUCAAUACGCCGGGUGUCGUGCUCUGUCGUUGUUGGGCGGUGGAAAGGCAGGGAAGAAAGACGUGGCUGAAGGGGAGGAUCGAGGACGGAGAAGGAAAUUUGCUCGCGAGCGCGAAAGCGUUGUUCAUUGACCCCAAACAAGCAAGAUUAUAG